CAACUUUCUAUAGAACAAAUGCUUUGAAACGUGUGGCACCGUCCUUAAUAUUUGGCAAUCGUUGAGGAGUUCGGGUAGAAUAUUUCUCGUUGGAAAAGUCUGAACUUUUAUUUUAUUCUUAUAAGAAAUUUAAUUUCAAAACAUUACAAAAAGCUAUCCAAGUAUAAAAGUGAUAAGUGAAGAUUGUGUGUAAACAAAAUUUAAGCAAGAAUGUGCACAAUUAAUAGGUAUAGUUUAAAAAAAUAAAGAUUCUUAUAUGAAUUUUCUGAAAGUGAAAUGACACUUUGAGAAGACAAGAGUUUAGAACUAUAUUCGAAGACGAAGGUGGUGGCGACGGCCAUUAAGGAAUUCGUGAGUUUGAGAUGUGUUAAUUCGCCAAAGCAYCGUCGGGAUUCGGUUAAAGCUAAACAAAGUGUCGCCAGUAGAGAGGAGUGGUGCWUGUGAGUGCUGCCAGAUGUAAAAGCGUAGCACUGCCUUAAAGAUUGGCGCAUAUUUUAGCAUUUGUUUACAAUUGUUUAUAUUUGAAAAAGUGGGAAAAUUUAAGUUGAGUGCAUAAAAAUGAUUAAAAAUAAAAGCUCAAUUAAUGAGUAAUAGUUUUUAUCCAGUCAUUUCGUCUAAUGUUCGCUGUAUCCGCAAAAGUGAGAUUUAUAAGCGGCAAAGUGUAUUUGAAAGUUUUAUGUAAUUGUUUUUAAAUAAAAGACGUAGUAUGUCAUUAAAAUUAAAUACAAUAAAUUUGAAGAGUAUAAAAUUAUAUAAUAUUUAAAAUCAAUGAUAGUGCACUGCACUUCAAAAUAUUAUCGAAGAUGUUCGCCAUGCAGAACAGAAUUCUGUGGUGUUUAGAAAAUGAAUAGUGAACAUGCAGCAGUAAAAGCAACUCCUGGUGAGUCAGCGAAAGCCACAAUUACUGUAGCCACUGCUAAUGAAUUGAAUCGGCAAUAUCAACAACAGCAACGACAUUCACCACAGCAACAUAUUAACAAUUCUCAUCAUUUGCAUCAACUGCAAUUACAGCAACAACAGACGCAAAACCAACAACUAAACGAGCCACAGCAAAUCCGAAGACAACAAACAGCACAACAACAACAACAAUUGCAACUGCAGCAGACGCAGCAACAGAUUAAUUCAAUGUCGUUGAGCAGUGUAAGUGGUGGAGGUGGUGGCGGGGGCUCCACUGCCAUAGUGACAACCCCCUCCACUAUAGCCACAGCAGGCGGCAUGGUUGGUGUUGCCGGUAAUACUUUAAUACCACUGACAGCCCCAGUCCAACAGCAGCCAGUUUCAAUAGCCACUUUGACGGCGGCGACAAUUGCGGCCGUUGCAGCUGGAGGUGGCACACCAACCACUCUAACCGCGACGCCAGUAACUGUCAGUGGUCUUAGCAUAAGUGUUACGAAUCCUGCAACUGUCGUUACUGGCAAUAUUGCUGAYACAAAGAUAGGCCAAACGGCAUUGCAACAGCACCAACAACAAACGCAUCAGCAGCAACAAAYAAUAAGUUCAACUGGAGACACAUUAGCAACGGCAUCAACCACAACUGCACUAUUGCCAAAUGCACCAAACUUGAGCAAAUAUUGGGUCGUAUCAAAUGGUCAAGCUCUGCCCUAUAAUAUUUUGCCAAAUGGAACAAUAAUCACACAACAUCAGCGGCAGCAAACGUCGGACCAGGAUACACAUUCACAGCAACAGGUUCAACUGCAGCAGCAGCAGCAACAACAACAGCAACAGCAAACUAAUGCAUUACAAAUUCACGCUGCAGUAAAUGCAAGCGAUGACAAUCGACAGCAACAACAGCAGCAUGUUUCGCAGCAGCAACAUGUAACUGCCGCUGUGCAGCAGUCACAGCAAGCUCAACAACAGCACCAACAGCCCCAACAACAACAACUCCUACAACGAGAAAAUAUUAAAGAGGAGAAACCAUUUUUAGAUAACGGGAAGUUAAAUCAAUCCUUAGUGAUGCAACACGUAGGCGCAACAGCAUCGUCCGCGCCGACGACAUCCGGUGCUACUACCAUAACCCUAGGUGCGCCGAAAACCGAAAUUAAAGAUGAUGUUGGAAUGGGCAAACCGCCUAUUGAAAUGUAUAAAGUUAACAUUGAAGACUUUUCCCAGCUUUUUACCUAUCAUGAAGUUUUUGGUAAAAUUCACGGUGAUGUCAUGAAUCAGGCCGCACAUGCAGUACCCAAUCCUGCACCACCACCACCGCAUGGUAAUGCGAGCAACAAUGCUGCAGUUGCGGCCGUUGUGGCCAGCGCUAAUGCUGCCGCUGUCGCUGCUGCUGCGGCCGCGGYAGCCGCAAAUACAACAAGCGGUGUUGUGGCCCCCACAACAACUACCAAUCUAACGACGGCAAUCAGCACUAGUGGCACUACCACUGCCCCCGCAACGGCUGUAACAGCAACCCCAACUGUGACUGGGGAGCUAUUGAUGCCGAAAAUGGAGGGCGGCCUACCGGUUGUGGAUCAGACAACAACCAUCGCGCUUGCUCCUGAUGGCACACCUAUCGCUACUGGUACACAUGUCUGUGACAUUUGUGGCAAAAUCUUCCAAUUUCGCUAUCAGUUGAUCGUACAUCGACGUUAUCAUAGUGAACGGAAACCAUUCAAUUGCCAGGUUUGUGGACAGGGCUUCACAACUUCACAAGAUUUAACGCGCCAUGGGAAGAUUCACAUCGGUGGACCAAUGUUUACGUGUAUCGUUUGUUUCAAUGUAUUCGCUAACAAUGCCAGUUUGGAACGCCAUAUGAAACGACAUUCAACCGAUAAACCAUUUGCAUGUACGAUCUGUCAGAAGACAUUUGCACGCAAGGAACAUUUGGACAACCACUUUCGUUCGCAUACGGGCGAGACCCCUUUCCGGUGCCAAUAUUGYGCAAAGACAUUCACACGGAAGGAGCACAUGGUGAAUCAUGUGCGCAAACACACGGGUGAGACGCCACAUCGUUGCGAUAUUUGUAAGAAGUCCUUCACGCGCAAGGAACACUAUGUUAACCACUACAUGUGGCACACUGGUCAAACACCUCACCAGUGCGAUGUAUGUGGCAAGAAGUAUACACGCAAAGAGCACCUAGCUAAUCAUAUGCGUUCACACACUAAUGACACACCAUUUAGAUGUGAGAUAUGCGGCAAAAGUUUCAGUCGCAAGGAGCACUUUACCAAUCACAUUCUCUGGCAUACAGGCGAAACACCUCAUCGUUGCGAUUUCUGCUCGAAAACAUUUACACGCAAGGAACAUUUGCUAAAUCAUGUACGUCAACAUACUGGCGAAUCGCCUCAUCGUUGCACAUAUUGCUUGAAAACGUUCACACGCAAGGAACACCUAGUAAAUCACAUACGUCAGCAUACUGGUGAAACACCGUUCAAAUGCACCUAUUGCACGAAGGCAUUUACGCGCAAAGAUCAUAUGGUGAAUCAUAUUAGGCAACAUACCGGAGAAUCGCCGCACAAGUGCACAUACUGCACAAAAACAUUCACACGAAAGGAGCAUCUGGUAAAUCAUGUGCGUCARCAUACUGGUGAAUCUCCUCAUCGUUGCAGUUACUGCAAGAAGACUUUUACACGCAAGGAGCAUUUGACGAAUCAUGUACGUUUGCAUACUGGCGAUUCACCGCAUAAAUGUGAAUAUUGUCAAAAGACAUUUACGCGUAAAGAGCAUCUAAACAAUCAUAUGCGCCAGCACUCCAGUGACAAUCCACAUUGUUGUAAUGUGUGCAACAAGCCAUUCACUCGUAAAGAGCAUCUCAUCAAUCAUAUGUCACGUUGCCACACCGGUGAUCGUCCUUUCGCUUGUGAGACUUGUGGUAAGUCAUUUCCACUCAAAGGAAAUCUGCUGUUCCACCAACGUAGUCACACUAAAGGACAGGAAUGUGAACGUCCGUUUUCAUGUGAGAAAUGUCCCAAGACCUUUAUAUGCAARGGUCAUCUUGUCUCGCAUAUGCGUUCGCAUUCGGGCGAGAAACCGCACGCCUGCACAUUGUGCAGCAAAGCUUUUGUUGAGCGUGGAAAUUUGAAGCGUCACAUGAAGAUGAACCAUCCCGAUGCGGUAAUGCCUCCUCCGCCGCAGCCUCAUCCGCAAAUUCCAGCUGGUAUACUGACGUCGGUCAAAGAGGAAAUAAAACCAAUAUUUCUUCCUCAUCAAACACCGACCAUGCACACCAUCCAACAAAUAACAUCGGGUGCAGCUGCGGCAAAUGCCGUGCAGUUAGCUCCUAGUCUAGUGCCGUUGGUUACCUCAACGAUAACUUCACAUAAUAAUCAGAAGCCGCAGCAGCAGCAACAGCAACAACAGCAGCAACAACAACAACAGCAACAGCAACAAGCACAUCAACAGCACCAACAACAGGUGCAACAGCAGCAGCAACAACAUCAGCAGCAGCAGCAACAGCAGCAACAACAAUUACUACAAUUAUCCAUACAACAUCAACAACAGCAGGAGCAACAUCGCCAACACCAGCAACAGCAACAGGCGCAUCAUCAACAAACACAGGCGCAAGCACAACAACAAGCUCAUGCACCACAACCUCAACCGCAACAACCGCCACCCGUGCCUAUCGCACUCAUACAAACCGAUCCGGGCGUCUUGGCGCGCGCCGCCAUGCAACUGCAGCACCUGCCAGCGAAUGUCGAGCAACAUCCGGUGGUUUACUAACAGCAGCAUAAUUUCACACACUGGUGAGGCGCGUUGACGGCAGCGUUCAAUAAUAAUAAUAAUAACGUUAAUGAUAUUAGCGAGGUGGAUAGAACGGUGCUGAGAUAAACGCGAGGCUGUAUCUGCUAUUGCCCCGGCGCAAUGGCGACUGGGGCUUAGUAGUGCAACCGAGACUGUAAGUUGCUGACGUGAUUGUGAAAAGGCAACAUUUUAUAUGGCGCGUAAGCRUUAAAGUAAGACGGAAUUCGUAUAGUAAAAGAAAUUUCUUUUUCUGCACAUAUUUCUAAGCUUUUAAUUUAAGUCAUUUACAUAUACCACAUUAACCGUGCUGCAUUAUUAUACGCGCGCAUAAAUAUCUUGAGUCCAAUAUUAAUGACGCGCGCAACAUUUUUAUUAUUAUACAUAAUUAGAACAUAAGUUUAAACCCCAACAUUUAAUUUGAAAAUGAAGUCAGAUUGUCGCUAAAAUAAUSAAACCUCGCGACACGCUGUU